CUCUCAGAGAGAAGCUGUGAAGCUCUGUCCUCAGUUCUCAACUCCAAGUCCUCUAGUCUGAGACACCUGGACCUGAGUAACAAUGACCUGAAGGAUUCAGGAGUGAAGCUUCUGUCUGCUUGCCUGAAGAGUCCACACUGUACUCUGGACACUCUCAGGCUGUCAGGAUGUCUGAUCACAGAGGAAGGCUGUGCUUCUCUGGCCUCAGCUCUGAGCUCCAACCCCUCCCACCUGAGAGAGCUGGACCUGAGCUACAAUCAUCCAGGAGACUCAGGAGUGAAGCUGCUGUCUGCUGGACUGAAGGAUCCACAGUGGAGAAUCGACACAAACACAGUAAACAGAAAGAUCAAACUGUCUGACAACAACAGGAAAGUGACACGUGUGGAGGAGGAUCAGUCACAUCCUGAUCAUCCAGACAGAUUUGACCAGUGUCCUCAGCUGCUGUGUAGUAAUGGUCUGACGGGUCGCUGUUACUGGGAGGUCGAGUGGAGAGGAAGGGUUUAUAUAUCAGUGAGUUACAGAGGAAUCAGAAGGAAAGGAGACAGAGAAAACUGUUGGUUUGGAGAGAACGCUCAGUCCUGGAGUCUGAGCUGCUCUGAUGGUGGUUACUCUGUUUGGCACAAUAACAGAGAGACACCUGUCUCCUCCUCCUCUUCAUCAUCUUCAUCUUCCUCUGUCUCUCACAGAGUAACAGUGUAUGUGGACUGUCCUGCUGGCUCUUUGUCCUUCUACAGAGUCUCCUCUGACUCACUGAUCCACCUCUACACCUUCAACACCACAUUCACUGAACCUCUGUGUCCUGGCACAGUGAGGAUACCCACAGUGAGGCCCUUCGUCUGCUCCACUUCUGGGUCAGUGUCCUUGUGUUAA